AAUUCUUAACUCUCCUAUAUUCAGUUACUUCAGCGCGAGUAAUAUUGCAUUCCUUAAUUCUUAACUCUCCUAUCUACGACUACUAGUGAUAAUUGUGAUGAGCUCACUCUCAGACUACUCCACACUCGAAUUAACUGAGUUGGGAAUUAUGUUAUUACGCCUGAAUUACGCUAAUGUGGCCAUAGCAUGUGUCUUGGUGUACAACUACUUGAUCACGAUCUCGAGCGAGGUCACUUAUCUAUUCCAUGGACGAUGGUGCAUGAUUAAAUUCCUAUACUUGAUCUGUCGUUAUCUCCCGUUUGUCUUCAUGACUUUGGGGAUGAUCAUGUGGGUACAACCCGCUUCAUCACAGACCGUAUCUCUGUGCCAGAUAUUUUAUACUUUGAACACUUACAUUGGUGGUGUGAUAUUGGUAUGCGCGGAAUGUAUAUUCGUCGCACGUACAUGUGUACUUUGGGGAAACAAACGAUCGAUUGUUCUGUUUUUUACGAUCAGUACAGCACUCUAUAUCAUAUUGGGUAUUGUGAUCAUGAAGAUGCAUACGUCGUCAACGAUAAUGAUGAUAGUACCGAUGCCCUCUGUAAGCUGUCUUGAUUCCGGGGAGAAUGACGUCAUCGUCGCGGCAUAUAGUCUACUUAUUCUUGCAGAAUUGCAAAUCGUGUUAUUUUCCCUAUACAAAGCCACAAAAAGCUUAAAAAAGUGGGGUGGCGAGAAUCGAUUGCUCGAGAUCCUCAUCGAGCACAACAUAUUCUACUUUGCUUGUGGAUUGUGUUCUUCUGUUCUUGUCAUCUUAACGACGGCCCUAAUGCAGGUCAGAGCUUCCUCUUUACUGGAAAUCGAAAUCUGUGUUGACAUGACAUCCCAAGGCAUCGUAUGGUAACUGGAUGGCUAGUGCUCAAGUCGUGUUCCACGCGCUUCUAGUAACAAAGAUGAAUCUCAAACUAUGGGAAUCAGACCGACAUUCAGACCUCCCAUGAUGUUUGCUGUAGAUUAUUCAGUGCGAUGGACAAAUAAUUCGAUAUCAUUAACAUAUCCCUGCGUGUCUGUUCAUCGUCACGACGUCACUUUGGCCCUGGCAUGUCAUUCUAUGACUGGCAUGGUACGUAGCAUGUCGAGCCUCUACUACACGAUACGGCAUAGGGAAAGAUAGGCAAUCGAACGAUUCCGACUGGCCGAUUACACUGUAAAUGGGUCGAGACUCAUAGACUGGCUCUGACGUUCCCUUCUAAACAGAAUGUCUAAG